AUGGCGCAGCACCAGCACCACGUCGGAGCAGCCGUUCUUGUGACGCUGCUGCUCUGUGUCCUCACGCCAAGCGUGCAGGCCCAAGGCGACCCCACGGAGACGAAGCGGUUCUUGGACGCCUUCAUCAGCUCGAUCCCUUCGCUGAAGGGUCUGUGGACGGGCAGUGACUACUGCUCUUACCCCGGUGUCACGUGCGACGCCGACGGCUAUGCGCGGAUCGAUCUUUCCAGCGUGGCGGGUUCUGAUUUGUUCUCCGGCAAGCUGCCGAACAUAAGGCAUCUUUCCGGUGUCGGUAUUCAAGUGCGUGAGAUCAACAUGAACGGCAUGAAGAAGAUCACUGGCCCUUUUCAGGACACCUGGGCAAGGCUGGUGAAUCUCGAGUCCCUCGACCUGAGCAACACGGGGCUGGGCGGCAUGAUCCCGAGCAGCUGGAACGGAAUGAGCAGCCUGAAGAAUGUUGCCAUCAGCGGCACGAAGGCCUGCAAGGGACUGCCUGAUUGGACAGCAUCGUCGAUGCCACAGCUGGUGUCAGUGAACUUCGCCAACAACUUCAUGGGGGGACCGUUGACCACUGUCUUUGGGACCUUCAGCGACCGCGCCAUGACCCUGGACAUCUCGGGUAACUCGUUCUGCGGUUGCUUACCGUCCACGUGGACAAGCCCAGCACUGAGGAAUGCCGCGCAACUCGCCAACCCGAAGCUUUUGGAUCUGAGUUGCAAGUUGAUCAACACGUGUGUUUCGAAAUCGUUCGCGUGCACCGGGGGCGAUGGUGCCGCCGCGCUUUCGACGCACUCGCCUCUGUUGGCACUGUUUGCCAGCGCGGCGGCCGCGCUCGCACUGAUGUGCGCAUAG